UGUGAAUAACUUGGAUCGUAAACAUAAUGAUCGUAAUCUUACUGAGACUAUGUCGGUCCAUAUUUAUAGUCUCCUCGUUGCAGUAUACUAAAUUAAAAUGUCCCUCUUUGUUGCCAACAUACUGUUGAUAUUCGUGGCAAAUGCAAAAGGCUUUGUAGUGUCACAAGAAGAUCCAGUACUGCCCGUACAGGAAAUCGAUCCAGCCAAUCCCAAUUACAUUAUUAGAACAUUGCCAAACAAUGAAGUCGAUAUUAUCGGGUGUCCCAGGCACACCUACUUCGACAGAAAUACCCUAACUUGCCAGAUCUUCGAAACCUACGCUGCGAAAAAAAAUUCGUGGGACCAAGAUCCAAAGUCAUCGCUGUGCAAAGAUGGAAACGGUUUCCCACAACUGGGAAUUUUCCCGAAUCCCAACGAUUGCGGGUCCUUUUUGCAAUGUGGACCGGGAACGUGGAACAUAAUGAAAUGUGCGCCGGGAACCAUGUUCAACAAACAAACCUUAAGGUGCGACUAUCCAUAUCAAGCAUGCUGUUGUGAAUUUCUCCCCGAAGACGAUACCAAACUGGUCGGGCCGGAAAACCUCAGUUGAGACAAAACUGUCGAAAUAAAGUGAAAACAUUGUUGAACUUAUCUUGCAUAAAAAAUAUUUUGGCGAUACAACUUUAUUGAUGAUUACUUGAUGAAAAUCCAUUUAACACACUUAAAUUAAAACCCAAAAUGUUCAGAGUUUCACAGUUAUUAUAACAAACAUGACAAUAUUUUUACAUC